CAUGUUUUUUUCCCACGAACAGAUUGAUAUUUCAAUUAUUUCACUAUCAGCGGUGUAUCACUACUAUCACUUGUAAGUUGUAUUAUACACGUGAGUUGUGCGUUAUUUAUUUGUCUUAACUAUAUUUUGUUUUGAAUUUGAAUAUUACAAUAUCAUAUUGACUAUGGUGUUAGUCCUUUGAGGCUUAGACUUAGUGACCACAAAACGUCUGACUCUUGAGUCAAUUAAACUAAAAUAAUUUCCUUGACAUUGCUGUGUUAUUUCCGAACACAGUAGCAUCAUGACUAUGAAAGUGACAUCGAAAACGUUUUUACGCAAAACUAAGCGUGGUAAUAUUUUAAAGAUUGUACGCGAACACUAUUUGAGAGAUGACAUAGGUUGCGGUUCUAAAAUAUGUAAAAAAUGCAAACACAACAACGAAAGGCCACUCGUCAAACACCAAUCUAUUAACACCGAUUUUCCGGACAAACAUUUUUUGUUAGUGGACACGAAUGUAGUUUUGCGUCAGAUUGAUGCCCUGGAAGAUGAUACUUUGAAAAAUGUUAUUAUUUUACAAACUGUACUUGAAGAAGUCAAACAUCUCAGUCAUACUGUUUAUAAACGCCUAAUGGAUAUUAUAGGAAAUCAUUCUAGGAGUUUUUAUAUUUUUGUUAAUGUUUAUCAUAGGGAUACUUAUGUUGAACGUGUAAGAGGAGAAAGUCCCAACGAUUACAAUGACCGCAUGAUUAGGGUAGCAGCUCUUUGGUAUAAUAAACAUUUGGAUGAUAAAAUAAAAGUAUUAUUAUUAACCAGUGAUGAAGCUAGUAAGGCUAAAGCAAUUAAUGAAGGAAUACCUACAAUGUCGCUUGAACAAUAUGUUAGUGGAUUAAACAAUGUUACAUUAACUGAUAAACUGUCCAAUCGUUCUUGUUUGGUAGAAGAAACUAGUAAAGAACCAAUUUUUCCUCCGCAUUUGACUCCAGCAAAUAUACAUCAGGGCAUAAAGUCUGGAAAGUUAAUGCAAGGCACAUUUUUUGCAUCUGUUGAUAACUUCCUCGAAGGAAAUGUUUUUGUGGAAGGACAAGAAAAAAAUGUAAGUUUGUAUUGCAUGAAAACAAUGAUUUUCAUUUAUUGUUUUAAUAUUGUAUUUUAUAUAUUGUUGCAAGGUAGAGAAAAUUUAAAUCGGGCUAUUAAUGGUGAUAUUGUUGCCAUUCAAAUGUUUCCAGAAAGUCAAUGGAGCGCACCUGCUAAUUUAGUUUUAGCAGAUUAUGAUGACUUGGACUUGGAAAGUGAUUUAAAUACUGUUGAAAAGCCAAAAGAAAAGUACCCAACAGGUCAAGUAGUUGGAAUAAUACGAAAAAAAUGGAGACAGUAUUGUGGAAUUAUUCAACAAAGUCUUGUUGAAAAUGCAACUAGACAUUUAUUUGUACCAGCAGAUAAAAAAAUUCCAAAAAUAAGGAUAGAAACUAGACAGUAUGACAAAUUAAAAGAUCAACGUGUUAUUGUUGCCAUUGACACAUGGCCAAGGACAUCAAGAUAUCCAUUGGGCCAUUUUGUUAGGUCACUUGGAAAAAUUGGCGAAAGAGAAGCUGAAAAUGAAGUUAUAUUAUUAGAACAUGAUGUCCCACACAGUAAAUUUUCAGAUGAAGUUUUGGGGUGCUUACCAAAGGAAACAUGGACUAUUAGUGCUGCAGAUUUAGUGGGUAGAAAAGACUUUCGUGAUCUGGAUAUUUGUUCGGUUGACCCUCCAGGUUGUACAGAUAUUGAUGAUGCAUUACAUUGCAUGCCUCUGGGCAAUGGAAAUUUCCAAGUUGGUGUGCAUAUUGCUGAUGUAACUCAUUUUGUUAAACCUGGUACAGCCAUAGACAUUGAAGCUAGCCAACGUGCAACUACUGUAUAUCUAACUGGAAGGCGUAUUGAUAUGGUACCAGGUUUAUUGAGUUCAAACUUAUGUUCUUUACGUGGAGGAGAAGAACGUUUGGCAUUUUCUUGUGUUUGGGAGAUGACUCCAAAUGCAGAAAUUGUUAAUAGUAGUUAUACAAAAAGUGUUAUUAAGUCAAAAGCAGCUAUGACUUACGAUCAAGCACAGUUAAUAAUUGAUGAUCAGAACCAAGAUAAUUCUAUUGCACUAGGAUUGAGACAACUUAAAAAGUUUGCAAAGAUUCUUAAAAAACGACGCCUAGAAGCUGGAGCAUUGGUUUUGGCUUCACCUGAAAUUCGUUUCCUUGUAGAUAGUGAAACAAGAGAUCCAUUAGACGUAGAAGUAAAACAGUUAAAAGAAACUAAUUCAAUGGUAGAAGAAUUUAUGUUGUUAGCUAAUGUAGAAGUUGCCAAAAAGAUUUACUCAGAUUUCCCAGAAUUUGCUGUUUUAAGACGUCAUCCUAAGCCACCGCCAUCAAACUUUGAGUCUCUCAUUAAAGCGGCAGCACAUCUGGGAGUGGAAUUAAAUGUGGACUCUAGCAGAGACUUAGCAAAUUCUUUAGAUAAAGCAGUUAAACUAGAUAAUCCUUUUUUUAAUACAAUGCUCCGUAUUAUGGCCACUCGGUGUAUGUUACAAGCUGUUUAUUUUGCUAGUGGCACAAAAACCUAUGAUGAAUUUUUGCAUUAUGGAUUGGCAGCUCCUAUUUAUACGCACUUUACAUCUCCUAUUAGAAGGUACGCUGAUGUACUUGUUCAUAGACUUUUAGCUGUAUCUAUUGCAGCAGAUAGUACUACACCUGAAAUGCUUGACAAACGUAAAAUUGAAGGACUGUGCCAAACUUUAAAUACCAGAACCCGUAUGUCUGCUUAUGCUGAACGUGCAUCAGUUGCUUUAAAUACACACAUAUUUUUCCGCGGAAAAAUUAGAGAUGAAGAAGGUUAUAUUUUGUAUGUUAGAAAAAAUGCUUUACAAAUACUUAUACCAAAAUAUGGAUUAGAAGGAACUCUUUUCUUGUCAGCCCGUAAAGGGCAAUCGCAAGCUGUUACAUUUAUAUAUAAUGAAGAUGAGCAAACACAGAGGUGUGGAAAUAUAGUUUUUCGAACUUUUGAUCCAGUAAGUGUUCAAUUAAGCCUUGAUAGCAGCAAUGUCCAACAUGAAAGAAUUGUUUUGAAACUUGUCAAACCUGAAAUAUUAAACUUCAGUGUACCAUCUAUAAAUACAAAUACAGCUAGUGUACAACAACCACAGAAGAACCCUCAUGAACCAUGUGAUUCUCUAUGUGAACCACAACUUAAGAAAGCCAAAAUUUAAAAAUGUAUUUGUUUAUUCUAUUGCAAAUAAAUAUUAAAUAAUAUUAUUAUUAACUAAAUA